CGAAAAGCACUCCGGUAUUUUCGUAAAGAUGGUCACCGCUGGAGGAAGAAAAAGGAUGGAAAGACUGUCAAAGAAGCCCAUGAAAAGUUGAAGGGGGUCAUAGUUUGACAGGCAACACAGAUACCACAGAAGUGAUGGAUCACAAUAGGUGCCUGUAAGUUUUCAUAGUUCAUUUUGUGGGUACAAGAAUGGUAAGCACUGAAUUGAACUUAUUGUAAUUUUAUGAUGUCUCUUUCUAGAUUGUCAAUGUAAAGGAUCAAGGUAAGCAGAGCAUAUAAGGUCAUAUGCUAUGAUUUUAAUGCUUUUCAACAGUUCAGAGUCUUUAGACCAUUGAAUGUCUAUUUACUAUAUUAAUUCUGGAUUACUUGACCAUCUUUAGUUUUUACGUAAAGAGAACUUAUAUAGAAUAUACAUUUGCACGCAUACUUUAUGAAAUCCAGUGCUGGGUGUUGCAAAUGUUUCCUAAAUGGUAAAUUUGUUGAUUCUAUCCACUUUGGCAGCUAAUGGCCAUUAAGGUUCAUUUAUCCCCAUGUUUUGACAUUCUUUUUUAUUUAAUUUGUUUUUUGGUAGGUUUGUAAUGUAAAAUAGAUUCUUUUGUUUCUUCUCCCUAUAUCUUCUUCAAUAUCACUAAAUUUGUCUUUCUGGUGCUCAAAUCUUUUAUGGUUAAGCACUUUGUUAACACUAGCUAUGAUUUGACCUUUUCCAUUUUGGUACAUUGGAAAAUUUCUUCUGUAAUAUUAAGUCACUUCAAUUAUAUUGGCCUAUAUUGGUACUGCUUAAUAUUUAGCUUUCUAUUGGGUUUUUGACAUUUUGUAGGCUGGCAGUGUAGACGUUCUUCAUUGUUACUAUGCCCAUGGGGAGGACAAUUCGAAUUUUCAACGGCGGAGUUAUUGGAUGCUUGACAUGCAUUUACAGCACAUUGUUCUUGUCCAUUACAGAAAUGUGGGAGAGGCGUACCAGUCUGGUGUCCCUUGUUUGCUGGCAGAUCCAGGGUCACAGGUUGCAAGCCCUCAAAGUGUUUCAGCACCUUUCUCUGCACAGGCAAACUCACCUGCCCCUACAGGUCAAACAUCUUUUGCUUCAAGUCCAAACAGAGUUGACUGGAAUGGAAAAACAUUGUCUACAGAGUUUGAGGAUGUGGAUUCUGGGGGAGAUGCAGGAACUUCAUCUGUUGCCCAAUCAAUGUUUGGUUCCGUUUUGCAUAAUGCUUCUCUUCAUUCACAAGUUGGAGGAUUUCCUGAGUCAUUCAGGGAUCCCCUUAGUUCGUGGUAUGAUGGACCUAAAUUCGCUCAUGGUGCUGGUUCAUCUGUCUGGAAUGGAAUGGAUAGCUCAACAAGAAAUGAGCGCAGCAUGCAUGACCAAAACCUUUUUGUUGAAGCACCUAACAGAGCUGACUUCAUAACUCAUAAGCUACCAGAUGCUAGAUUAGAUGUUGAUUGUAGAGUCAACAAUGUAACUUGUAAAGAUAAGUUGACCACUGACAUAGAUGUCCAGGUUGCCACAGCAUCUUCUCAGAGAGAACCGCAGGUGUCAAAGGAGCAUGACUUUAAUGUAUUUCACCCUCAGGUUCAAGAUUUUUCCGAUCCUCAAGUGGUUGUCAAUUCUUCCAACCAGGUUGAAGAGAACUCUAGAGAUGGUGGCGUGCAGAAUGCCGAAUCAGUAGAGCUUAAGAAACUUGACAGCUUUGGGAGAUGGAUGGAUAAAGAAAUUGGGGUGGAUUGUGAUGAUUCCUUGAUGGCUUCUGACUCCGGCAAUUACUGGAGUCCACUUGAUGCAGAGAAUGGUGAUAAGGAAGUAUCCAGUUUAUCACAUCAUAUGCAUCUGGAUAUAGAAUCACUUGGCCCCUCUCUUUCCCAAGAACAACUAUUUUCUAUUCAUGAUUUUUCGCCGGAUUGGGCUUAUUCAGAAACUGAAACAAAGGUUUUAAUAGUUGGUAGUUUUCUGGGAAGCAAGAAGCAUACCACUGAGACUAAGUGGGGAUGCAUGUUUGGUGAAAUAGAAGUUUCUGCUGAAGUUCUGUCUAAUAACGUCAUUCGAUGUCAAACUCCAUUACAUGCUCCUGGGUGCGUUCCAUUCUAUGUGACCUGCAGAAAUAGGUUAGCCUGCAGUGAGGUGAGGGAGUUUGAAUAUCGAGAGAAACCCAUUGGAAUAGCUAUAAACACUUCAAAACAUGAUGAAUUGCGCUUUCAGAUACGUCUAGCAAAACUCGUGAGCUUGGGCUCAGAGAGGAAGUGGUUGGAAUGUACUGCUCUAGAUUGUGAUAAAUGUAAGCUCAAAAGUUCCAUAUUUUCAAUGAGAAACAACAGAGAAAGUGAUUGGGAAACAAUUGAUGGGGCUUCUGUGCCAUGCAAAAGUGAUCACUUGACCCAUAGAGAUGUCUUGAUUCAGAAUUUGUUGAAGGAUAGACUUUGUGAAUGGCUAGUCUGUAAACUUCAUGAAGGAGGCAAAGGACCUCAUGUUCUGGAUAAUGAAGGCCAAGGUGUUCUACAUUUGACUGCUGCUCUUGGUUAUGAGUGGGCCAUGGGUCCAAUAAUUGCUUCUGGCAUUAGUCCCAAUUUCAGAGAUGCUCGCGGAAGAACAGGGCUUCACUGGGCAUCAUAUUUUGGAAGAGAGGAAACUGUCAUCGCGUUACUUAGAUUGGGUGCCGCGCCAGGUGCAGUCGAGGACCCAACGUCAGCAUUUCCUGGUGGACAAACUGCUGCUGAUCUAGCCUCGAGCAGAGGGCAUAAAGGGAUUGCUGGAUAUUUGGCCGAAGCAGAUUUAACCAGUCACCUAGAGACGUUGACCAUGAAUGAGAACAUAGUGAACAAUGUUGCUGCAACGAUUGCUGCUGAGAAGGCCAUUGAGACUGCUGAUGUGGUAGUCGAUGAGCAAUACUCUCUCAAAAGCUCUAUGGCAGCUGUUAGGAAAUCAGCUCAUGCGGCUGCUCUAAUUCAAGAAGCUUUCCGGACUCGUUCAUUCCGUCAGAGACAGUUAACUAAGAGCGGAACUGAUGUUUCUGAAGUUCAGUCUCAUGACCUAAUUGCACGUCGUUCCUUGAAGAGAGUCCAAAAGUUUGCUCACUAUGAAGAUUAUCUCCAUGUUGCAGCAGCUUUGAAGAUCCAACAAAACUAUCGUGGAUGGAAGGGAAGAAAAGAUUUUUUGAAGAUACGUGACCGUAUUGUUAAAAUUCAGGCUCAUGUGAGGGGACAUCAGGUUCGGAAGAAUUACAAAAAGGUUGUGUGGUCUGUUGGUAUAUUGGAAAAAGUAAUACUGCGUUGGAGGCGAAAAGGAGCUGGUUUGCGAGGAUUUCGGGUGGAAAAAGCUAUUGAAGAUGUAUCCUCGGAGGUCAAGAAAAACGAUGACUACGAAUUUCUUAGUGUCGGGCGGAAGCAGAAAUAUGCUGGAGUUGAGAAAGCUCUUUCAAGGGUAAGGUCCAUGGCUCGUCAGCCUGAAGCGCGUGAACAAUAUAUGAGGCUACUUUCAAAGUUUGAAAAGCUGAAGAUGGCUGAUGGGGAGAGCCCUGCAUCCAACCAAAUUGAAAGUUCCGACGAAAGAGUGUUAGAUGAGGUUCUGCUUGCACUCACCGAAGGUCAAUGAUCAACUUUACACCAUGUCAAGUAAUUUUAUGGAAGCAAAGCUACCCAUAAUAUUUUUGCCUGUAAGUAAACAUCCGCCAUGAUUUUUACUUCGUCAAGAACACAACAGAAAGGGAGGAGAAAAGGGGGAAAGGCAGAAUUGUAUAUGGCUCAGAUUCUCUCCUUUUUCUUCGACUUAACCAGUACAAAUUUUAUCUGACGUAGUUCAUAGGGUAAUGAAAUGGCGGGGCAGCUCAUGUUCAAAAUUUGACAACAGUUGACAAAAGUUUAGUUACAGUUA